UCUUCUCAAAACCACUCUCACUAUUCCCUCAUUUCCUUCCAAGGGUUUCAAUCUGAAGAUUCCAUUUGAUUCAGAUCGGAGCCGAGGAAGAUCUUUGAUUUCUCUCCAGUUUCACUGAGUUUUGGUUUCCAUACAUAGCACCAGAGCAAGUAGUCGUGGAUAUUUUUUUAUUACAGAGGAGAACAGCAUGCCUUGGUUGAGUUUAUCAGUUGAUGUGUUUCGCAAAGUAGUGCAGUUAAACCUAUAUUGCAGGGUUAUUCUGUAAAUCAUUUCCUUAACCGAAUCCUGAUUUUUUGCUUCUCUUGGACUGCUGUUCUUUGCUCAACUGACCAUGGGAUCCAGUCGGUUUUUCGUCAUUUCUUGUGACAUGCAUAGGAUUAGCUGAAGAAGUAGACUAAACCAAGUUUGAACUCGAAUUCUCCUUUUCAUUCCUGUUCUUGUUGAGUGUUUGUCUUGUGCCUAUAUAGUAGUCAAAUAGUCAAGGGUUGAAAGAAGUGAUGGUGUGCCAAGCAGCAAGCCAAACUAGAUUUCGGGCCUUAAAACAUGAGAGUGGGAUCGCAGGGAGACCAACGAUUAUAGUAAGAGUGAUUGCAUGCUUUCAACCUUUGCAGGAUUGCCAGGCUGAGUAUUUCCGUCAUUUGCUUAAACCUGUCACGUAGAUUGAUUCCUUUCCUUUCGUAUCAAAUUGAGCUGGAGUUUGUAGAUUUUCCUUUUCUAUUCUUUGUUCCUAAAAGAGGCAGCAAGUAUUUGAAUCUUCCAGAUUAAAGAAUCAAUCCAUCCCCUGGUGAUUUUUUUACCUGGAUGGUUAAGGCCAACGAAUCUGGGCUUUAUCCACAGCAUUCUGCUUGGCCACCAUCUAAACUGAAUUUCAUGAGCACGGCACUGCGACCGAGGCAACAGGAAUGUUUGCCAGCAGGUAUAAGCCCUGGCAGUUGCGUGCCCUCUGCACGGUUGGCAUUGCCCAGGUUUGAAGUUCCUGGUAUACCAGACUUGAAGACGGAACAAACAAAGGACGCUUAUGCAUCUCUUCAAUGUUUACCUCUUCACUUCCAGAGCUUGUUUCCCACUCCUAACCCAUAUCUUAAAGGAAGACAAUCUCCCUUGUCUCAUGGGCUUGAUGGGAAUGCUGGGCCAAAUGCAAGCUCUGGGUCUUCUCCAAAGAGAUUCCUUAUUUUUGAUCAGUGUGGGAAUCAAACAAGGCUAAUUCAUAAUUCGGUUUGCCUCCCUGUCUGGAGUCCAGCUACUGCUACUACAAAACCAUUGUUUGGUUAUAAGUCGUAUGAGGAAGAGCAGCCAGCUAGAGUGAGUCCAACUGAUCCAAGAAAGUACUUUUUACACGAAGAGUCUGGUGAGAAUAAAAUAGCUAGUGAAGAAAGUGAGAUGCAUGAAGACACAGAAGAAAUCAAUGCCUUGCUUUACUCCGAUGAGAGUGAUGAUGAUGAUGAUUAUGGUGAUGAUGAUGAUGAAGUAGCAAGCACAGGCCAUUCUCCAAUGGCCAUUAAGGGGAGUUACGAGAAACAUGAAUAUGUCGAAUGCAUUGCAGAGGAAGUUGCUGGCUCAGAUGGCCCAAACAAAAGGCUGAAAUUGCUCGAUGGUGGGUACAAAAAAUCAUCUCCUAUGGACACUGCUAGUUCGGUAAAACUGGACAGAUCUCUUGCAUAUGACAGUGAUGCAGAAUCAAGCUAUGCCAUUGGCCAGAACCAAGGAGAGGAAGCGAGUUCUAUUUUGGGCAAAAGGCCUUUUAAAAGGGAUAAUAUACGUGAUGCAUUGAGAAUUCUUGAGAGCAUAAUUCCUGGUGCAGAGGGUAAGGAUCCAUUGUUGGUUAUUGAUGAAGCUAUAGAUUACCUAAAGAGUUUGAAGCACAAAGCCAAAUCUCUAGGGGUUAGCCACCAAUAGGUUGCGUUGUCUUGCAGCAUGUUCACUAGAGGAUUGAAAGAAAGGUGAAAAGGUAGGUGGUAAACAUAUAUUUCUUGGCUUGAGUGAUUGAUGACAUUGAAAUAAGUAUUAGUGGCUAUGGUUUUGUUGGGGGCCCUUUUCCAUCUUUUCCUGAAGAGCUGUAUAUAAUGGGCCAAUAAAGGAAAGAUGUAAUGGUAUGGGAAUGCACUUUGGUUUGCCAAGGGGUGAAGGAAAAAAAGGGGUUUUUUUUGUUGACCAGAAAUAAUUAUUCUAUUAGCUUUUGGGGGUUUAAAGAUUAAGAAAGUCACAAAGAUCUGAACGCAUGGGGGGGUUUAGUGGUGGGCUGUGCUGUAAAUGAGGACUCUUUUUCCGGAUUGUUGAGAACCCCCAUGGAUUAAGUGCAUGCGCGUUUGGUAAUCAGGUCCCACUUUGAAUCCUCUUUUCUUUGUUGAUUUUAUGCUUUUGUCCUCUGCCUUCAUGUUGGUAUAAGAAUUCUAAAAGUAGGAAGAAAAAAGUUGCUGGUGUGGAUGAGUGCUUGGAGUGGGAGCAUAGUCUUCCAUCAUGUACUUUUGGGCCCCCCCCCUCCUUUUUCAUCAACUCGUGUUGUAAAAGGUUAGUGUGUUUUACAUGAGGAAGGGAGGGAGGGGAAGUCAUUCUGCUGUACAGUGAUUUGUGGUGACUGGUGAUGCUAUUAUGAGUUUGUCCAGUUGUGUUUUGAGUGUAAAAUAAUUGGAGUCUGAAUAAUGCAGCGGUGGUGGUGGUGGUGGGGAUGGGGCUGUCUUGCUGAGUUUUGCUUUGUUACUUCUUGUCCUAUGUGUGUCCUUUUUAUGUGUGCCUUUUUUAUGUAAAACUUGAAAAAUAUCUAUUGUGAACUUUGUGAUUUGUUUUA